AUGGACACUGCUAACGUCCCUGCUAAGGGUCCAGACACCGUGGACAAAGCCAAAGUUUCUAUUGCCAACGACGUUUUUUGUGGCGCCUUUGCUGCAAGCGAUCGCCACAGACUACCAGCACGGUUCUUCCAUAUCGCGGGAAGCCAAAGUGCUCACUACAUUGGGUGCAGUUGUCAAUCCGCUAUGCGACUGCAUCCUUCACGGCGUCCUCCAUUGAACACUGAAGCUCAAUUUGCAAACAAGGUCCUGGAUGGGUUCACUGAAUAUCGCAAGAAUUUUCUUAUCCUACUACUAGCAAUCAGCGCCAACUGCCAGUUCACCACACCAUCGAAGGUGUUUCCAUUCUUCCACUCCAUCACUCGCACUGAAAGCAGUGCUAUUCCCUACAGGACAUACAGUAAGCAGGACAUCUGCACUGUAAAUGAAGAAAUUAUUGCCACAUUGAGGAAACUCUUCCAGGUCCUUGUUGAUCAUCUCCAGCGUGCAGUGGAAGACGGCAUCAAGGAUGCGAAGAAGAAAGCGAAGGACAAUUUUGCUUGCCUGCUUGUCUUACAAUCCGAAUGA